AUGAGUUUACGACGUCAACCAUCUCGAGCAACAACAAAACCUUCGUUGACACCUUCUAUUUUCACCAAUCCAACGAUUGAUUUAUUUCUACAACAAUUUUCUCAAUUUGUUCGUCGUCAUAUAAUCGAAAAUAAAAGUGAAACUGUUCUCGUUGCUGGUCCACCAUCUUGUGGCAAAACAAAAUUACUCGAACAUAUUUUCACAAAACUUCACAUUGAAGAUCCUUCGCUUACUGAACGCAUACUUAUCUUUCGUCUCAAUGGUUUAAUUCAUUCAAUCGAAACAUCAGCUAUACAAGAAAUUGCAUCUCAACAUAAUAUUCAACGAAAAACUACAAAUGAUUAUCAAAGUGAUAAUCUUCAAAUUCUACUUGAAACCAUCGCAAAUGAGAAAAUUGAUAAAAGAAUUUAUUUUAUUUUUGUACUCGAUCAUUUCGAACAUUUUACAUAUCAAAAGUUAAAUUCUAUUCUUUAUACAUUAUUCGAUGCUGUUUAUUCAGAUAAAAAAAGUUAUUCAAUAUUAACAAUCGCUGUAUCAAAUCGUUCGGAUUGUCUUGAACUACCAGAAAAACGUUUAAAAUCACGUUUUUCACAAAUCUACUAUAUUUUAUCAUCGCCACCGAUUGAAGAAUAUACAAAAUAUAUACUUCAAUCCUACAAAGUAAAAAGAGAUGUUCAAAUACCAAACGAUUUCUUUAGUUCAUUAACAAAUGUUGAACAGAAAAUAAUUCAUUAUUUACGAGAUCCAACUGCUAAUAUGAAUGAAGAUACUCGGCCAGAUCAACAAUUAGAUGGUUGUUUAACCCAUUUAGAACUAUUAUUACUUCUUAUGUCAAAUAAUGUUAUUAAACGUAUAGAGGAAAAAUUACAAAAUAAAAUUAGUGGUGCAAAUGAGAGUGAUGACGAUGACAAUGACGAUGAAGAAAAUCGUUCUGGUAUUAUGACUGACAUAAAAUUUACUUUUGAUCAAGUUUAUCAUGAAUAUGCGAAAUAUGUAUUAAAAAAUCAUAAAUACUUUUAUGAUAAAGCAGUUGUUCGAAAGACAUUUCUUCGAUUAAUUGAACGAGGUUUUAUACGACGUUAUUUUGGUCGAUAUGCUCCGGUGGAUGAACCAUUAAGCGGUGAACAUACCAUGGUGAUGGUGAUUAAUAGUGAUGAAUUAAAACAAUAUGUUGAAUCAAAACCUUUACCUGCAGAAAUAAAACGUUAUGCAAAAUCGAAUACAAUUAUUUAA